AGCGCUCGGCUCGGACGAGUGAACAUGCCACGUUCCAACCUGCAUUACUUACUCAUGUUGCCAUGAAGCGUGGAGGCAAAGCAGGGUCUUCGUCGGAGCCGUUUGGUGAAGAGGAUCGAGGAGAUUUAGACGAAGAGUCGCCAUUAUUGGAUGGACCAGCCAAGCCUCAGACCUUGCUUGUCACUGCCAAAGAUGGUUGUGGCCUGGGUGCCUACAUGCAACGCUUGGAAGUGAGCUUCGGCCAUGAGCUGCUGCUCAUGCUGUUCGUUGCUCAGCAUCUGAUGAAAGGAUUCGUAAAUGAGUUCAUCGCCCCUUGCAUCGCAUACUUGUAUGGAAGCUACAAGGUGCCUGGACCCCAAAUGCAAAUCUACCGGGGUGUCACCCAAUUGCCAUGGGCCAUGAAGCCCAUGAUCGGGCUCUUAAGCGAUGCCGUUCCGAUCUUCGGCUACAACAAAUCUCCAUAUAUCCUCCUUGUGGCCGUUCUGGGCGCUGCUGCCAUGACAUGUAUCGGUUCAGUGCCACGCGAUCGCCUCGGCAUCACGAGUCUGGUCCUUUGCAUCUUCCUCAUCCAAUUGCAACUCUCGACCACGGACCUUCUGACCGAGGCCAAAUAUGCCGAGAAGAUGCAGACCAAACCCAAAGAGGGACCAGCCUUGAUGUCCUUCGUCUGGUUCGGCCUCCAGGUGGGCGGUCUUGUGGCGACUCUCUUGAUUGGGCCCAUCAUGGCCAGCUUUGGGCCAAAGCUACCUUUCCUGGUGACAUUGGUGCCUGCGAGCAUCGUCAUCGUUCCGGUCCUGCGUGGCUACAUGCAAGAACGACGCUUGUCUUCGCAAGAGGUUCAGGCAGCCAGGGCGGAUAUCCUGCGACAAAAGGAGGCAUGCAUUCUAUGCUUUUUGAUGUUGGCUGCGACCUUGGUUCUUUCAUUUUUUGGCACGAUGCUUCGGGAUGUCAGGGCAAACGCCAUUGCUUCCAUAGUCAUUGCAGCUGUGAUUCUCUUGGCAUUCAGUGUCUUGCUCCGCCCGGAAAUUGCUAAAGUCAACACCUUCUUUGUCUUGCAGACAUCGGUGAACUUCUCAGUGGGUGGGGCGGCUUUCUACUUCUAUACCGACACGAAAGAACAAUAUCCUGAAGGCCCUCAUUUUUCUAUGGUGUUUUACACCACGGCUCUGGGAGUGGCUGGAUCUAUUUGCUCCUUGAUCGGCAUCUACACUUACCAGAAGUAUGCAAGUGAGUGGACCUUCCGGCAGCUGUUGCUGGUGAGCAACAUUGCCAUUUGCAUUUUGAGUAUCUCUGAUGUGAUUUUCUUCCUCCGCCUCAAUGUCCGAAUGGGCAUCCCCGACCACGCCUUUAUUCUUGGGAGCAAUGUCUUUGCAUCUAUCUUGAGCCAAUGGCAGUGGAUGCCCGGGGUGGUGAUUUUGUCGCAGUUGUGCCCGCCUGGCUUGGAGGCCACAAUGUAUGCCCUCCUGGCCGGCUGCCACAACCUGGGCGGGACCAUCGCGUCAGCCACUGGCGCAUAUGUGUUGCAAGUCUUGGAAGUGCAGCCUUCGGGUGCCAAGGAUGAAUCGGCGCAAUUCCAAAACCUUUGGGUCUGUGCAGCGCUGUCCUCGAUUCUUCCUGCCUUCGUCCUCCUAUUGCUGCCUUGGUUGAUCCCAGACCGGAAGCAAACCGACAAACUUCUACAUGAGGGGGAUGUCAGUGUCACGGAGGGAUCUAUUUGGCACCGUUUUAUGGGGCAAGACGCUUGAAGCCAUGGUUUGUCACUCUCCGAUCCUUGAGCUGACACAGCAGUCUGUGAGAUCAAAAGACUUGCUGCUUUGCCAAUGCGAGUGUUCUGUGCACUGUUGAAGCCAUGUGUAGCUGUUCAGACCAGUUUGUGCGGCACCAUGCCUCCACCCAUUCUUUGUCGGGCAUGGCGGCAUGACCCAAUAACAAAAGUUCUG